UCUACUAUAUAUAAAUGAUGGUGAGUAGUUGAUAUUAUUAGGACAUAGCAAAAAUGGGUUUGGAGAAUUAUAAGCCCAUAAUAGUUAUGGUAGGAUGUCAGUUUCUGUAUGCAGGAGUUACUCUUAGUGGAAGAGCAGCUCUUUUGCAGGAUUUUAGCUCUCGAGUUUUUGUUGUUUACAGACAAUUCACUGCUUUCUUGCUUAUUGCUCCUUUUGCCUUUUUCUCAAGGCGAGGAACAAAUUCGUGUGCUAUGAACUGGAAGAGCUUCUUCUUGAUAUCUUUGCUUUCUUUGAUUGGUGUGACAAUUAACCAGAAUGUAUAUUUCGAGGGAUUGUACUUAGCCUCAUCCUCAGCAGCUAGCGCUUUGUGCAAUUUGGUUCCUGCCAUAACCUUUACUAUAGCUUAUUUCUUGGGGUUGGAAAAAAUAGAUCUUGGAAACGUGAGAAGUUUGGGUAAGAUUAUGGGAACAUGUCUAUGUGUAAGUGGCGCUGUUAUAAUGGCAGUAUUAAAAGGUUCAAAAUUGUUGAACAUGGAGUUGUUGCCAAGAAAUUCAAUUGUGUUGCACCUAGUUGGAGAAGAAGACAGAUGGUUGAUAGGCUGCCUAUUUCUUCUUGCAAGCACAACUUGCUGGUCCAUUUGGCUCAUAUUGCAGGUGCAUGUAACAUCUUACUACCCGGACCAUCUCUCAUUAACGGCAUGGAUGUGCUUAAUCGCAGCCGUCCAAUCCGCCAUCUUGACAUUCAUCAUCGAGCCCGAUUUGAACACGUGGAAACUCACCUCCUCUUUGCAACUUUUUAGCUGCUUCUACGCAGGUGUGGUGUCAGCAUUGACAUUUUUUGGUCAAGCAUGGUGCAUAGGCAGGAGAGGGCCCCUCUUUUCAGCCAUGUUCAAUCCUCUUUGUACAGUCAUAGUCACAAUCUUUGCCUGCAUUUUCAUGCAUGAAGAGUUGUACAUGGGAAGCCUGACUGGUGGAUUGGCGGUGAUAAUUGGAUUAUAUGUGGUGCUAUGGGGCAAAGCAAAAGACCAUGAACAAAUCAAGGAAGAAGAUACUAAAAAGCAAAAUAAUGUUAAUGGUCAAAAUGAGGCCAUCCAUAGUGACGACUUGGAGCAGCCCCUUUUGUGUGAUCAUUGAGGAAAUCUUGCUACUAUAAUUUUAUUGGUUUUAAUAAUUAGAUGCUCUGUGAUAAUAAUAACAAUUCAUUCUAGAAUGAUAUCUAGACAAAAUUAUUAUACAGAAGAAAGUGAUGAUCACUAGUGUACUCGUAUUGUUUUUUAAUAUUACUUCUCUCAUUAUGUUCUAAUUGGAACAUGAUAUAUAGUAGUAACUAAUAAAUGGACCAUGUAUUCAUAGUUA